AUGGCGACUAUUGGGCAUAUUGAUGCUUUUGACGAGGCCAUCGAACAGUGGACAACAUAUAUUGAACGGUUUGACCACUUCACAAAGGCAAAUGAUAUCGCCGAGGGAAAACUCGUGCCAGUGCUGUUAAGUGUAAUGGGCACUAAAACGUACAGCCUUCUACGUAACUUGAUCGCGCCUGAUAAACCAGGAGACAAAACAUAUCAGGAGAUUGUAGCGACGUUAAGUGAACAUUAUUCGCCAAAGCCCUUGAUAAUAGCGGAACGAUUCCGUUUCCACAAACGAAAUCAACAGGAAGGGGAGACCGUUGCACAGUACGUAGCAGUGUUAAAACAACUCUCUGAACAUUGUGACUUCGGUACACAUUUGCAGGAUGCCCUACGAGAUAGAUUUGUUUGUGGAUUAAACAAUGAGGCGAUACAAAAGCGACUUCUCACAGAGGCUGCACUUACUUUUCAAAAAGCUGUAGAGAUAGCUGUUGCCGCAGAAACGGUCGCGCGUGAAGCACAGCAGCUCAGCAGCUCGCUUAAAGUCAAUGCAAUGCAUGUUUCCUCACCCAAACUGCGACGUAAUUGUAAGAGAUGUGGAAAAACGAACCACACGGACGAGGACUGCUGGUACAAGGAUCAAGCCUGUCAUUCAUGCGGAAAGAAAGGCCACAUCGGACGAGUAUGCAGAAAUAAACGAAACUUUGAGAAAGAGAGAAAGCACGAGAGUAAGUUUAAGUCAAGUAAUCGACGUAGUAAAGUGGAUAAGAGACGGGUACAUCAUUUGGACACAAGUGUAAGACAAAGUGGUGAGUCCAGUUCAGACACUGAAAAGGAAAUGGCACUGUAUAUGGUGACUAGAAGUGAGCAACUGACACACAUUUGUAUAACGCCAGAAAUUGAAGGGAAAAUGAUUGAAAUGGAACUGGACACAGGUGCUGCGGUAUCAUUGAUUUCAAAAGGAAAAUAUGACAGUAACUUGCAGCACAUUCCUCUGCAGCCAACUGACAUAAUAUUGAAAACAUACACCGGUGAAGCACUAGCGCCAGUAGGGGUUAUCAGUGUAGCUGUCAAGUUGAACAAUCAAUUGGCACAAUUGCCUUUGUAUGUUGUUAAUAGUGAUGCACCACCAUUAUUUGGUAGAGAAUGGCUGAGAGCUAUAAAACUAAAUUGGCAAGACAUAAAAACAGUCAAGCAUGGAGCCACAGACACUAUGGAGAGUGUGUUAAAACAACACUUCCAAGUUUUUGGAAAAGAAUUAGGCACCAUGAAAGGAAUUGAGGCAAAAAUUACACUGAAGUCUGGCCAUACCCCAAAAUUUUUCCAGCCACGGGUAGUACCUUAUGCGAUUCGACCAAAAGUGGAGGCUGAAUUGACACGUUUGACAGAGAUGGAAGUGAUUUCACCAGUGCAGUACAGUGAGUGGGCCACACCAGUGGUACCUGUAAUAAAAAAAGAUGGCUCAGUAAGAUUGUGUGGUGAUUUUAAAGUGACACUCAACCCAGCCAUUUGUGUAGAUCACUACCCAAUCCCACGCAUAGAAGAUCUUUUUGCAUCUCUGGCUGGUGGUAAAUUAUUCAGUAAGUUGGACUUGUCGAGCGCUUACUUGCAGAUGCCGGUAGCACAUGAGUCGAGAAAACUACUCACCAUAUCCACUCAUAAAGGGCUAUUCUGUUAUAACCGUUUACCCUUCGGAAUUGCCCCAGCACCUGCAUUAUUUCAGAAAGCAAUGGAUCAAAUCCUUUUGGGAAUUCCAAACACUCACUGCUAUCUUGAUGACAUACUGAUAACAGGACGGGAUAAUGUGGAACACCUCAAGACAUUAGACCAAGUACUCACCAGACUGGAGGAAUAUGGUCUGAGAUUGCAGCGUGAAAAAUGUGAAUUUUUCAAACAGUCACUGGAGUAUCUGGGUCACUACAUCGACGCAGCUGGAUUACACAAAUCGUCAGAAAAGAUCAAAGCCAUAAUGGAAGCACCUGCACCGACCAAUGUAAGUCAAUUACGCUCUUUUCUUGGGAUGAUCAACUACUAUGGCCGUUUCAUUCCGAAUCUGGCAUCCCUUUUGAAUCCCCUGAAUGCGCUUUUAUGUAAAGACAAGAAAUGGUGCUGGAGUGUGGCAUGUGAACAAUCAUUUCAAGAAGUGAAGGAUAUCCUUACGUCACCAGCUGUACUCACACAUUAUGACCCAGCACUUCCCAUUCGUCUCGCCUGUGAUGCUUCCCCAUAUGGGGUAGGGGCAGUGAUAUCACAUGUGUGCCCUGAUGGGGAGGAAAAGCCAAUUGCUUUUGCAUCCAGGACUCUCAGUAAAGCGGAACAAAAUUAUGCUCAGAUUGAGCGUGAGGCUCUGAGUAUAAUUUUUGGAAUUCGCAAAUUCCAUCAGUACUUAUACGGAAGGAGAUUUACCCUUUUUACGGAUCAUCAACCUCUAACGGCUAUUCUCAGUCCCAACAAGAGCAUUCCAUCCAUGGCAGCAGCUAGAAUGCAACGAUGGGCCCUGAUAUUAGCCGCCCAUGACUAUGUCCUUGAGUAUAAGAAAGCAGCCUUACAUGCCAACGCAGACGGACUGUCGCGGCUGCCUUUACCGGUGACACACACUGAGAAAACGGACACUGUGGAUGUGUUCUAUGCUGCCCAGAUAGCCACCCUGCCUGUAAGUAGUGCUGAAAUAAGACGUGACACCCUAAAAGAUCCCAGUUUGUCACCUGUGCUGGACAUGGUCUCAACUGGACGAUUUCCAAAAUUUAAAGAGGUACCUCAAGGCUUGUUACCUUUUGUGACACGUCGCAAUGAGCUCACAGUUGUUCAAGGAUGUUUAAUGUGGGGAAGUCGUGUCGUGGUACCAACCAAGCUUCGCAACCGGGUGUUAGCUGAUCUGCAUUUGGGCCAUCCCGGGGUGGUAAGGAUGAAACAUCUGGCCCGUAGCUAUGUCUGGUGGCCGGGAAUCGAUGGACAGAUUGAAUCUCAGUCCAAAACAUGCCAGUCUUGUCAGCGGAUCCAAAAUGCCCCCUGUCCUGCACCACUUCACCCAUGGGUUUGGCCAGCUCAUCCUUGGGAGAGGAUUCAUGUGGACUUUGCUGGUCCUUUUGAAGGCCAUAUGUACUUCAUUGUAGUCGAUGCGCACUCCAAAUGGCCAGAGGUCUCAAUUAUGGAUAGUACUACCACCAGCAAAACCAUCCAGGUCUUACGAGGACUUUUCAGUCGUUAUGGCAUCCCUAAUGUCAUUGUCAGUGACAACGGCCCUCAGUUUUGUGCUGAGGAGUUCUCAUUUUUCCUGAAGGCAAAUGGGGUGCAACAUAUUCGAUCUGCUCCAUAUCACCCCUCUAGCAAUGGGCAAGCUGAACGUUUUGUCCAAACAUUCAAACAUGCUCUAAAAGCUUCAAAAGGGUCAGCUCCAAUACAACAGAGACUUGAUGGAUUCCUGUUAACAUACAGAAACACUCCACAUGCUACCACUAAGGAGUCACCUGCAAUGCUUUUCCUCAAUCGCAAACUACGUACCCGUCUGGAUCUCCUAAAACCUAGUCUCGCCAAAACAGUGAGUCAAUCCCAGGAUGCACAGCAGUUACGACGCCAAAAACACUCUAAAUUCAGAGAAUUUCACACUGGAGAGUCCGUUCUUGCUCGUGACUACAGAAAGGGGGGAAAAUGGAUGCCGGGAGUGGUGAUGUCCAAAACGGGACCUGUCUCCUAUAUGGUUAACGUGGGUGCUUCUGGAAUCUGGAAACGUCAUGUAGAUCAAUUACUGAAACUAGGGACUGAAUCCUCUGAAAACCAGAUGGAACCAGAAGUUCCUGCUGAGCCUGAUCAUUUUCAGGCACCUCCGCAUCAGGAGAACAUCGGAGAGAAAUCUGGCAAUCUUGUAGAGAUGAUGAUGGACAAACCAGGGUCAGGCAACAUUGACAAAUCAACUUCAGAGACUUUGCAAACGGGAGAGACUAUUAAGCGUUAUCCUACCCGUCUCACUAGACCACCUGACCGUUAUCAAGCAUUCUAA